AUGCCAUCGGCUUUACCUUCGAGCUCCGUCAAGCGACGGCCGUCCCAGGUUGAGAUCGGUUCCUUUUCGACAAUCUCUAGGAAAGAUGGCAAGGUCCUCAGUCUCUCCCAUGCGGCAAGCUCAAACAAUAGCACAUCCGAUCUCCAUGGACCUCCUUCGGUUACUAGCGAAGUUAGCGAAGCUAGCACAUCUGAACCGGUACCGCAGAACUUAAGCGGAGAGGUCCAGGCCUUGAGUGAUAAGUUGAUCAAAGCUAUCAAUCAUCAGUCUUCGUUAGAGGAAGGUCUGGAAGAAACAAGACAUGAGUUGGAUGUGUCGAAGCAGAGAAUAAAGCAUUUGGAAGCAAUUGCGAAGGAGCACCAGGACAUGAUGGCCACCGGUGUGUUGGUCGAGAAGAAGGAAGUUGAGAUGGAAACGAGGCAGUUGAUGAAUAAGUUGAUGGAAGAGAGCAUGCAGCGAGGAAAGGCAGAAAAGGAGAAGAAACAUAUUGAGCAGGAUUUGGAAAAUCUCACCACUUCGUUGUUCGAAGAGGCCAACAAGAUGGUGAUUGCCGCCAGGAGGGAACGGGAGGCCGUUAUGAGAAGAAAUGACCAGCUCGAACAACAGCUCUCCGACACCGAAAUUCUCCUUCACACCCACCAAGAACAGCUGUCUGAACUCAAGGACGCUCUUCAGCAGAUGACCGCCGAGAGAGAUGAACUUGAAGCCCUUUCUUCGCCGACCACCCCAGCAUUAAGUGGCCAAGCCAGCAAGGAAUCGCUCAACCGCAUCUUCGAAGCCUUGCACAUUCCAACAGAGGCCGACGAAGUGUCUCCCUCACACCCAACUCACUUCUCUUCCAUCCUGCAGCCAGUUCUCCGAUCCGACAUCUCUUCCUUCCACGACUUCUGCAAUGUGUUGCAUAUGUCUAAACACUAUGCUCCCCCAAUGCCCGUCAACAAAUCCCCAGCCCCUACUCCUUCGAGUGGCUUUAGCAUCAUGGGAUUCGGUAAUGCGUCAAAGAUGUCCCCGCUGCCAUCCUCGAGCUCCUUCUUCGGAGGCCAUUCCCAGAAGAAAAGUGUUUCGAGCACAACGAGUGGUGCCUCCGCCGCCUCCGCCCCAGUUUAUUCCACUCUUCCACCUGCGCCUCCUUUGAGGGAAACUGCUUUUUUCAAGCGAGCUCUCAUUGAAGACAUUGAGCCUACUCUCAGACUUGAUGCCGCUCCAGGCAUUUCGUGGAUCGCCCGCCGAACCGUCUUGACAGCUGUCGUCGAAGGUACAUUGGUCAUUGAAAUUAUGCCCCCGAUCUCCAAGCUUCCAAUCUUCAGCUGCUCGAUGUGUGGUGAAAACCGGAACGAUCCGGAGCACGCCCGAACGCAUAGAUUCAGGACCAAUGAGACGGAAGCUGCACAGAAGUAUCCUCUUUGCGGUUAUUGCGUCCACAGGCUGCGCUCUGUUUGUGCAUUCCUUGCCUUUUUGCGAACAGCCAAGGAAGGUUACAUCAAAUGUGAAACAGAGGAUGAUGAGAAGAAUGCGUGGGAGGAGAGUGUUAAGCUUCGGGAACAAAUGUUCUGGUCUCGAGUUGGUGGAGGUGUUGUCCCUUCAUUCCACAAUAUCCGAGAGGACAUUAUGAAGGUUACCAGCCCAAGAAGUCCUCCGCCGCCACCGCAAGUUUUCGGGAGGAAGGAGCCGGUCGUCAUAAGUGUCGCCACCCCUGUCAGUCUUCCUCCAAAGUCCAAUCUGAGGAACAGGCUUUCCCAAGUCACCAUAUCUGCGCUGCCGCAACGCAGGUCCUUGCCACCGGCUUUACCCCCUGCACUCCCCCCACGUGGAAGCCUUUACCGUGGGAUCUCGACGAGCACCGAGAAGAGCGUUCAGGCCACCGAAGAGGAUAUUGAAGCCUCGAAUAAGACUUCGGAUGCGAUGUCUCAGACAGAUAGCUUCAAAGAGAAGGCUGAAAGUCAACGUACCACUCCUUCGAUCAGAAGCCGAGAUAGCCACCUGCCUUCUCCUCCGCAGUCUCCUACAUUGCUGAAUAGCAAGGUUAUGACCAUUGAGGAGAACGAGAAGGCCGAAGCCGUUCCAGAUAGCCGGGAUAUCAUGAAGAGUGAAAUACCAGCGAUUCCCGGAUCGUUUAAUUAG